AUGGCAGGCCGUGUUGGGAGACUUGCAAGACUGACUCUGUUCUCCGGACCAAACUGUUCGCUUUGCGACACGGCCAAAGCGGAGCUAGCCAAAGUCAGACAACGGCGACCGUUCAACCUCGAGACGAUCAAUAUCCAGGACCAGGGCCAAGAGCGGUGGAAGCGGAAGUAUGUCUACUGGAUCCCGGCGCUGCACAUCGAGGGCAAGGAAGUCGCGAAAGGCCGCUGGAACGCACAGACUGUGAACGAGGCUCUCGAUACCUGGGAGCGGGACCCAUGGACCACGGAAGGCACGAAGAAGCCCUGA